CUGCAGUACACGCUGGAGGCCGACAGGGACCGGCACCCGCCCCGGGUCAGGUUCCGGGGGUCCCAGUCUGCCACCUACAGCGGGCGCUUCUCCAUGCCCGACACGCGCUGCCAGUCCCAGGAGCUGCUGCUGCUGGUGAGUCCUGCCCUCCCUCCUGCCUUCUGUCCUUCCUUCUAUCCCUCUGUCCUUCCAUCCCGGCUCCCUUCCCUCCCUCCAUCCUCCUAUCCAUCCCUCCAUCCUCCUAGGGGCUGAGAGAACGAGACCAAGAUCGAGUUCCAGAAGGAGUGUGGCUCCGACAACCAGUGCUACAGCAACCUGCAGCUGCACAGCAGCUUCGUCACCGAGCAGAACCAGCCCCUGCCCAGGCUGAACGGGACCCAGGUGCUGCAGUACAGCCGGGACGUGCGGAAGCUGCACCUGAGCAUCGACAUCACCAACGUUCCCUCGGCGCCCUGGAACGGGGAGGACGCGCACGAGGCGCUGCUGAACGUCAGCGCUCCGCCCAGCCUGCUGCCCUCCUCCGUGCGCCCGAGCGGAGCCUGCACCUUCGGGGAGACGGUGCUGUGCGAGCUGGGAAACCCCUUCAAGAGGAACCAGAGGGCAGAGCUGACCAUCACCUUCGAAGCCAUCGGGAUCAUGCUGGACACGCGGGAGGUGUUGGUGUGGCUGGGCCCUGGCAGGCAGAGCACCCAGGAGGAUCUGCAGCCCGUGCUGGCCAAGCUGCUGGUGGAUUACAGCAUCCAGUCCUCGCUGAGCAUAGCCUCCUCCCACAUCCAGUCCUACUUCAGCGGGACCGUGGUGGGCGAGUCGGCCAUGAAACAGGAGCAGGACGUGGGCAGCCCCCUCACCUUCGACUUCCAGGUGACCACCAAAGGCGAGUCCCUGGGCACGCUGGGCACCAUCCUGCUGGGCUUUGAGUGGCCCUACGAGAUCCCCAAUGGCAAAUGGCUCCUGUACCCCACCGAGAUCCUGGUGAACGGCAACGACACGUGCCACCCCCCCGGGGGGCUCAUCAACCCCCUCAACCUCACCCUGCUGCAGGACCAGGCUCCAUCCCGGCACAGACGGGAGCUGGAGGCCCCUGAGCCGGGCGAGACCCCGGUCACUUUGGCCACCGGCCGGCGCCCGAGGUCCGAGACAGUGCUGAGCUGCUCGGUGGGCACGGCGCGCUGUGUGUGGUUCGAGUGUCCCCUGCGGCACACGCAGCUCCCCUCCAGCUUCAGCGUCCGCGCCCGUGUCUGGAACAGCACCUUCAUCGAGGAGUUCCGGGACUUUGACCGUGUGAAGGUGACGGGCACGGCCACGCUGUUCCUGCGCUCGCAGGUGCCCACCAUCACCAUGAGGAACCACACUGUGCGGUUCUCGGUGGACGUGGACUCGGAGCUGCAGGAGGAGCAGCCGGCCGAGAUCGCGCUCUGGCUGGUGCUGGUGUCGGUGGCAGCCGGGCUGCUGCUGCUGGGGCUCAUCAUCCUCCUCCUCUGGAAGGUGAGGGGGGUCCCCAAA